AUGGAGAUGAGCGUCUAUGAAGUCUGGGUAUGCCUGGAAAAUCAUCCAUGUGCCUUACACCCGGUGGACACCUACUUUUGUUGGGUGUUCAACGAGAUGACACAAUCAUGGGUCCCAUUUGGGGAGAACGUAGAUCUUAAGCUUGUACAUGUGAUCCCUCGCCCUUCGGAAUGUGUAGGGUACGUGAACAUAUCACAUUGCGCGGUGAACAUUUCGAUGACGGCAGACAAUGCAUUCGAAUUGUUCGUCAACGGUGUGUACUUGGGAUAUGAAGAUAACUGCAACUUCUGCCAUACCUGGAAGUCUCAAUACCUCGUAUAUGACUACACUGUGAACAUCGAUGUCAUCGAUGGUGAGAGAGAGAUGGUGGUAGCAGCAAAGAUUAUAGAUUGGCCUGGUGGCCUGACUGGCCUUAUUGGAACCUUUGGAGGUGUUCCCACCAGCGCAUCGGCAAACUGGAAGUGUGCGACAUUUCCAGGAGAUGUUCCCCCGAGGGGAUGGACUGCAAGAUCUUUCAACGACUCGCAAUGGUCACAAGCAGUGCAAACUUUCCCAGAUAGUCGAUUUUUGCAACGCCCGUUGGACAAACAAGCAUCCUGGAUUGCUUCCCCAACGUACAAUCUGAGGUACUUCUGUCGCGGAGUUAUCAAGAAUCCAGAGGCCGUUUGCACUCAGAAUGUGAAGCAGAAAGUCCAGCCAUACGAAAUCCAGCUGAAUGAUCUGGUUUGA